AUAUAUAUAUAUAUACGUGAUAUAUGUAUGUGUAUAUAAUCGAUUGCGAUGGAAAAUUACAGUAACAAUUAUUGAGGUAACAAUGAGUACCUGCGUUUUUUGCAAAACAAAGCAAUCAAAAUAUUGUGGGCGAUUAUGUCACAAAUUUCCCGUGAAAGAUGUGUUGCGCCUUCAGCAGUGGUUAAAAGAAAUGAAGAGGAAGGACUGGAAGCCAAACCGAAAUAGCACAUUGUGUUCGGCUCAUUUUACAAAUGACUGCUUUGAUAGGACAGGAUUCCUAAUUACAUUGAAAAAGAACAGUGUACCAACUAUAUUUGACAACCCAAAAUCAGAGUGUUCAUCUUGUCACCGAUUAAGGGAAUAUGGACGUGGCUAUUCAUUCUUCAAGUUCCCAUUGGAUGAACCUGAUAUUAUGAAGCAGUGGAUCGCAAAUAUAAACAUUGGUCCGUGGUCUCCAUCAAUGAUAGCUUUCUGUGUUCCGACCACUUUGAACUCUCUUGCUUUCAGAAGAAAAGUAAAAAUUAUAUAACUUUACGAAAAGGCAGUAUCCCAACGUUAUUUGGUAAGAUCUGAAACUAUUAAUCCCUUUUAGGUCAGAGAAAACUCAGUGUGCAUAAAGAUACGUUGAUGUGAUGCACUAUUGCGUCAAUGUCGUCGAAGCGGUUAAUUACCUACAGAUUAUAAAGUGCUCUGUUACAGAAAAAUCGUGUGUGACACAUUUCUGUGUAUUUCCAUUGUCGUUACUUAUUAGUAACUUAUCUGUAGGUGAAAACUUGCAGCAGACCGAAUUUCAGGAUGAAUCCGAUCGGCCCACCACAGUGAAUGUAACCAAAUUACAUGAGCACCUACACAUUUGUACCUGAUUUGCAUGCUCAGAUAUGUACAUCUUUUUUAUUUUCUUUUGAUUGUGCUUGUAACUUUUUCUUCAUGUGAAUGGAUUGUGGAUUGAUACUACUAAUUAUAUUGUUGUGGUUUAUCGCACGCAACUCUAUAAAAAUUCCUUAACGUUUGCAAGGAAUGUUUUAUUCUCCAUAUUUUUGAAUAAUUUUACUCACCCAAUUCGAUAUAAUUUAAUUCAAAACUUUUUUUAC